AUGACCGCCUUCGUAAUGAAGAGAAGAUGGCUCGGCGAAGCUGAUCUAUUGGCUCCGCUACAAAUACUGCGAAGAGCGGUGAUUAGUGCCACCGCUCGAAGCCGAUUCCGGCUAAUGAACGAGGCAGGUUAUGAACUUGGAAACUUAGAUACCUCUUUGAUUCUGCAAAGACCUAAAGUAAGCCCGCACAAGGAGGCGAUCCUGGCUAAUUUGUGGGAGUUACUUGGUGCAGACCCUUCAGUCGUAAAUCUGAAAGCGAAAACUCAUGAGAAAGUUGACAGCCUUGGGGAAAAUUGGAGUAUUGCAGCACAUACGGUGGUUCUCCUUACGAGGAAGUAUUAG